AUGAUAAAAUUAUCAAUAUUAAUUUCAUUCUUAUUAAAUUUAACUAGGACAUAAGAGCAAUGGGAAACUUAAUACCAAAGUUUUCAAGACACUAACACAAUGGAUACAUCUGGGUGGAUUAUAAGUGGUAAUUAUAAUGGAUUGUAAUUAUCCACUUGCAAUGGUGUUACAAUGUUUGGAGGAUUUAAUGCAUUUGGAACCAAUACAAUAAUAUCUAAACACUUUUCCUUACCUCCUCAUUAUUAAAUCAAAGUAAGUUUAGAAUUUUGGAAAAUUGAUAGUUGGGAUGCUGAAUAUCUCUAUAUUCUCAUAGAUGAUUAUGUAUCUUCAAGGCAAUGUUAUUUUUCAGUAGGGACCUAAUUAUGUGGAAAUUCAGGGAGAAAUGACUGGUUAGAGACAAUUAUCCCUAUUACUUUAUAAAUGAAUCAUAAUUCAGAAUUUUUAAUGAUAAUAAUGACUUCAAGUCUUAAUGAAGCUGUUGAUACAGAAAGUUGGGGAUUUAGAGACUUUAAGUUGUAAGUAGUUAAAUGUCCUUCAGGAUGUUUAUUUUGUUCAGACAAUGAUUAUUAUCAUUGCUAUUUAUGGAUUAAGAUUUCAUCAUUAUCGCAUGAAUCAAUGUUACUUGAUGGAUGGAUGAAAAAUGAUAUUAUCUAGCCAACAACAUAUUAAUGUGUGAGUUUUAAUCUUAUUAACUUGACACCAAAUGAUAAAUUGGAAAAUAUUAUAGAAAAUUUGAGAUUGCAUGAUAAAAUGUAAAUAAGUUUUUAACUUUGGUAAAUUGAUAGUUGGAAUAAUGAAAACUUUUAGUUAUAUGUAGAUGAUUAACUUUAAAAAUAAAUUGUUUUAAGUACAACAGGUACUUAUUCUAUUUGCGGAUCUGCUGGAUUAGAAAAAGUAUUUAAUAUUGCCGUUACUUUCCCUCAUACAUCAUCAGAAUGUAAAAUAACUAUGAAAACCAAUCAUAACGCAGCUACUACAAAUGCAUAUUGGGGAAUAAGGGCAUUUAAUCUAUUUAUUUCAAAUGCAUGUUUUAAAGGGUGUGAUGAAUGUAUCAGUCUUUUAAAAACAGGUUGUACCGUUUGUUCAAGUGGAUGGGUCUUUUACACUAAUUUAUGCAUUUAUCCUUCUCCUAUGUUGGGUAUAACCAUCCGAAUUACUUAAAUUAAAGAUCCAAAGUCACAUGAAAGGAUUCCUAUGGAGAUCAAUCUAUUAGAAACUAAUUAAUAAAUAGUCACUUAAGGAACAUUUACAUAUACAAUUAAUAAUAAUAUAUCAAUAUUGAAUAUUAGAGUCUAUGCAAAAUGCUAUCCUAAUAAAAAAAUGAAAAGUUAUUUUAUAAAGUGCAUCGAAUGUUAACCUUAAAACUAAUAUUAGUUUUAGCAUUAUUGUUAUGGAGCUAUAAAUUCUAUAAUUUACAAUGCCAGAUUUCAAUAAAUUACAGAUUCAGAAUAAAAGUUGAUAAUAAAUACAUCUGAUACCGAAUGUUCAAUUUAUUAAGUAGUAAAUGUUGGAACCGAGUUACUUCAAAUUAAACUAUUAGAAAUUUUAUAACAAGAUAUUUGA